AAGGUACCUUCGAUACUUGCUUUUACAUCAUCACUCAACUCUUCAUCAGCUUUCUUUAUCUCUCUCUACUCCAGCAUCAGAGUACACGAUGGCCCUAAAGGUGGAAGCUAAAGGUGGAAAGGGAGGGAAAGAAUGGGAUGACGGAUUCGAUUCUGAUGGUGUAACAAAGAUACAUGUACGAGGUGGUCGUGAAGGCAUUCAGUUCAUCAUGUUUGAGUAUGUCAAAGCUGGAAAACCAACCGUUGGACCAAUCCAUGGUGUCUCUGAUCGUCGUGGUUUGACACAGACGCUCGAGAUUAAGCAUAUGGAGAACGAACAUUUGAUAUCUGUUGAGGGUUACUACAACGAAUCUACCGGUGUGAUACAAUCGCUUCAGUUUGAAACUAACAUGAAGACUUCUGACCUCAUCGGGUACGACGAGGGUACCAAGUUUUCACUAAGAGUCAACGGCAACAAAAUCAUUGGGUUUCAUGGAUUUGCUGAGAAGAAUCUCAACUCUCUUGGAGCAUAUUUCAUCAGAAUGCCACCAACCAAGUCAUCGAUGCAAGGUGGUCAAACUACAGGUGUAGGUUAUGACGAUGGCGGUGACUAUGAUGGUGUACGAAAAGUUGUUGUUUCAACGGAUGGCAGUGCGAUUAGGCAUAUCAAGUUCCACUACGACAAAGCUGGCAAUGAGGAUAUUCGUGAGCGAGGGGUGACGACCGGAACACAACAUGAGUUUACGAUCAAUCAUCCAUCUGAAUAUAUCACAUCAGUGGAAGGAAGCUACGCUGUCACACAACCUUACAACUGUAUCGUCCUUACGUCAUUGACUUUCAAAACAUCAAAAGGGAGAACCUCUUCAACGAUUGGACCAGUUACUGGUACCAAGUUUGUGCUGGAGAGCAAAGGUACUGCUAUUGUUGGAUUCCAUGGACGGGUGGGUUCUUGUGUUGAUAGCAUUGGUGCAUACUACUCUCAGUUUUUUUCUUCUCAAGAAACAGCGUUGAAGGUGGAACCUAAAGGUGGAAAGGGAGGAGUUCAAUGGAAUGAUGGAUCAGAUUACGAGGGUGUAACUAAGAUACAUGUACGAGGUGGUCUUGAAGGCAUUCAGUUCAUCAAGUUUGAGUAUGUCAAGUGUGGACAAACUGUUCCUGGGCCAGUCCAUGGUGUAUCUGGUCGUGGGAUGACACAAACGUUUGACAUUAACCAUUUGGAAAAUGAAUAUUUGAUAUCUGUUGAGGGCUACUACGACGAAUCAACAGGUGUGAUUCAGUCGAUUAGAUUCAUCACUAACAAGAAGACUUCUGAUCUCAUGGGGUUCAACGAGGGUACUAAGUUUUCACUAGCAGCCAACGGGAAGAAAAUCAUUGGGUUUCAUGGCUUUUCUGACAAGAAUCUCAACUCUCUUGGAGCAUAUUUCAUCAGGAUUCCAUCAACCAAAUCAGCAAUGGAAGGUGGUCAAACUACAGGCAGAAGUUAUGACGAUGGCGGUGACUUUGAUGGUGUAAGAAAAGUAUAUGUUACAUUCGAUGGCACUGCAAUUAGGCAUAUCAAGUUCGACUAUGACAAAGCUGGCCAAGUGGAGACGCGUCAGCGAGGGGUUAAGGAAGGAACAGAAUAUGAGUUUGCGGUUGAUCAUCCACGUGAAUAUAUCACAUCUGUGGAGGGAAACUACGCUGUUACUCAACCCUAUGGAUGUAUUGUCCUUAGGUCUUUAACUUUCAAAACAUCAAAAGGGAGAACCUCUCCCACCAUCGGAACGGUGACUGGUACCAAGUUCGUGCAUGAGAGCAAAGGAAGUGUUAUUGUUGGGUUCCAUGGACGAGUAGGCUCUUGUGUUGACAGUAUUGGGGUGUAUUACUCUCCUUUCUCUCCUCCUUCUCCUCCUUCGGAGAAACUCCAAGGACACGGUGGUGAUGGAGGAGAUUCUUGGGACGAUGGCGUUUUCAAAAAUGUGAAGAAGAUAUACGUAGGACAAGGAGAUGUUGGUAUUACCUGUCUCAAGUUCGAGUACGAGAAUGAAACUAGUGAGGUGGUUGUGGGAAAAGUACAUGGAAAGAAAACGUUGCUUGGUUACGAGCAGUUUGAGCUGGAUUAUCUGAGUGAGUACAUUACAUCUAUAGAAGGUUGCUACGAUAAGGUACUUGGAGGGGAAAGUGGAGUUAUAACAAUGCUUAGGUUCAAGACCAACAAACGCAUCUCUCCACCAUUCGGACUCGAAUCAGCUUCCAGCUUCACCAUCCAGAAGGAAGGUUACAAGAUCGUCGGGUUCCACGGAAAAUUCAGUGCCCUGAUUAGUCAGAUUGGGGUCCAUGUCGUUCCCAUCACCGAGUGACCAACCAUUUGAAGCUAUCCAACGAAUCGUUGUCUCAUACCUGUCUUAGACCGUUACUUAUGUUGCAAUAUGUAUUACUCUGCUAUGUGUCAUGUUUUUUUUUUUUGAGAAAUCUAUGUAUCAUGUUGUUGUUUGGCUUGUUUUCCAAUUAUCCAAUCGCAUGUAAUAAGACAACGUCUCUUCUCUG